AUGUUGCCUCCAUUUGAUUAUUUCCGGUAUACCCAGAUCCGCAACACGAAACGUCGUCAACGUGAAGCGCGAUUUUCCUCGCUCAGCCCCGACUAUCACUCUCCAAUCUCGGCUGCUGACAAAGCCAUCAUCAAUAAACCUAUUGAGGAGCUCGUCGGUGAAGUUCAAAAUGGAACGGUCUCGCCUGUCGAUGUGAUUCGCACCUAUGGCAAGGUCGCUCUCAGAGCCCAGGAAAAGACCAAUUGCAUUACCGAGCUUCUUCUGCCUGAAGCCGAACAAUGGGCGAUUUCUGAAGUUGAUCUCAAGGGUCCGCUUGCAGGAGCUGUUCCCUAUGCCAAGACUGCGCUGCCAAUGACCCUCCUCAGCUUCGAGUCAGCAAACGGACUCUGGGGAACUUGCCGAAACCCACACGUUCCAGGGUACUCACCAGGUGGUUCAACAGGUGGCGAGGGCGCCUUGCUUGCUCUAGGUGGACGUAUCGGUGUCGGUUCAGAUGUUGCUGGCAGCGUUCGAGCACCCGCGGCAUGGAGUGGGAUAUAUUCACUUCGUUGCAGUACCGGCCGCUGGCCAAAAACCGGUGUUGAUACCAGUAUGCCUGGUCAAGAGGGCAUUCCUAGUGUUUUCAGCCCUAUGGCGCGCACGUUGAAUGACCUGAGCUACUUUACGAAGAGCAUAAUUGGCAUGCAGCCAUGGAAAUACGACUUUACAGUUCAUCCCAUUGCUUGGAGAGACGACGAGAAGCAAGAAGCUAGCAGAAAGCAGCUACGUAUUGGUGUAUUGAAGUCAGAUGGCGUCAUUCCACCGACACCCGCUAUUGAACGUGCUAUUGACACGACUGUCGCCGCACUUACUGCUGCUGGACACACAGUAGUGGAAGUUACACCCCCCGAAGCGGCUGACCCUUUCACUGGAUUCAACCUGGCCUCUCAGCUCCUCAACUCUGACGGCUGCGUGACGUUCAACUCUUUCCGAUACUCGUUCGAACCUACUGAUCCCGGCGCCGCCCAACUGAGCAGAAUCGCAUACCUGCCUCGUGCCCUUCGAUACGCUUACUACCUCUACGUUCGAUACAUCAAACGCGACGUCAAGUGGGCGACUGUGAUUCGAGGAUUUGGACCCAAAAGUGCAGCAGAACUGUGGCAGAUUACAGCUAAACGGGAGGCAUUCCGCAGGACAUGGCAUUCAUGGUGGGAUUCCGAGCCCCAGCAAUAUGACUUCAUCCUCUGUCCCGCAAACGCCACUCCCGCUCUUCCUCACGGCGCUAUGCACGAUGCCGUUUCCUCAUGCGGAUAUACAUUCCUGUGGAACCUGCUUGAUUAUUCCGCCGGUGUCGUCCCUGUCAGCCAUGUUGAUCCGAAGUUGGAUGCGUUGCCGUACAGCGGCAAGCGAGGGUACAAGACUGCUUUGAAGGAGUUGGGCCAGUACCAUGCCAUGGCUCGUGGUGCAUGGAUGCACUAUGAUGCCCAAAAGAUGGCCGGACUUCCGACUGCCGUGCAAGUUGUUGGCCGUCGAUGGGAAGAGGAGAAGGUUCUGGGCUACAUGGCUGCAGUUGAGGGUGCUCUGGAAAAGGCGGGGAGUAAAUAUACCAUUCUAGAUGUGGAUUAA